AUGGCGUCCACAAGUGCCUGCCUUUUCUGGUCUACUUCGCGCAUGGCGUGUGCCGGCCGCGCCGGGCGGCGCCGGAGCAUCUCCGCCACCCUGUCGGAGACUAAUAAGCCCGCCGAGAGCAGCCCCUCGGCCUCUUCGCCGCCGGGCACCGGGAAGAAGCUGCCCAUCCGGAAGGUCCCCGGCGACUACGGGCUUCCCCUGAUCGGGCCGGUGCGCGACAGGCUUGACUACUUCUACUUCGAGGGUCGGGAUGAGUACUUCCGGAACCGGACGCGCCGCUACGGCUCCACCGUCGUCCGGCUGAACAUGCCGCCGGGCCCGCCCAUCGCCGCCAGCCCCGGCGUGAUUGCCAUAUUCGACGGCGCCGCCUUCCCCGUCCUCUUUGACACCUCCAAGGUCGAGAAGAAGGAUCUCUUCACCGGGACCUUCAUGCCCUCCGUGGAGCUAACCGGCGGCUACCGCGUGCUCUCCUACCUCGACCCGUCGGAGCCCAACCACGCCCUGCUCAAGAACUUCCUCUUCUACCUGCUGGGUUCCAGCCGGAACGCCGUGAUCCCCGAGUUCCAGAGCUCGUUCGGCGCCGCGUUCGACGCCCUCGAGUUGGAGCUCGCAGAGAAGGGAGCCGCCGACUUCAGCUCGGCGAACGAGCAGGCGUCCUUCAACUUCCUCAGCAGGGCCUUCUUCGGGAAGGACCCGGCGGGGGGGGGCCUCGGAUCGGACGGGCCCGGUCUAGUGAACAAAUGGGUUCUCUUCCAGCUCGCCCCCCUGCUCACGCUGGGUCUGCCCUAUCUGGUGGAGGACGUUCUGCUCCACAGCGUCCGCCUGCCCGCCGCCCUCAUCAAGUCCGACUACCAGCGGCUCUACAAUUUCUUCUACUCGGCGGCGGCGCCGGCCCUGGACGAGGCGGAGCGGAUGGGCCUCUCCCGAGAGGAAGCCUGCCACAAUAUCUUGUUCUCCAUGUGCUUCAACUCCUUCGGGGGCAUGAAGAUCUUCUUCCCGAACAUCAUGAAAUGGGUCGGGCGGGCGGGGACUGCGCUGCACACCAAGCUGGCGGAGGAGGUCCGGAGCGCCGUCCGGGCCCACGACGGGCAGGUGACGAUGAGGGGCAUCGAGGAGAUGCCCCUGCUGAAGUCGGUGGUCUACGAGGCCUUCCGGAUCGAGCCGCCGGUGCCGUUCCAGUACGGCAAGGCCAAGCGCGACCUGGUGAUUGAGAGCCACGACGCCGCCUACGAGGUCCGGCGCGGCGAGAUGCUCUUCGGUUACCAGCCCUUCGCCACCAGGGACCCCCGGAUCUUCGACCGGGCGGAGGAAUUUGUCGGCGACAGGUUCCUGGGCGACGGCGAGCGGCUUCUCCAACACGUCCUAUGGUCGAACGGCCCGGAGACGGAGACACCCACUCAGGACAACAAGCAGUGCGCCGGGAAGAACUUCGUUGUCCUGGUGGCGCGGCUCCUCGUGGCGGAGCUCUUCCUCCGGUACGACUCAUUCGACGUCGAGACGAAGUCGUCGACGCUGGGCAGCUCCAUUUCUCUGACGUCCCUGAAGAAAGCUACCUUCUGA